AUGUCUUCCUUCCCAGGAAUACGAGAUCUUUUGCUAGUGGCAUACGACAAUGGAGCACGCAGUGAUGAAGAAUUCUUGGUUUUAUGGGAAGACUACCGCUCAAAAAACCCGUAUUUUCCCUACGAUUUCUACGAGAGAUUUGACCUGGAAACCAUGAACGAAGACGAGUGCAUUGCCGAGUUUAGAAUGCGAAAACAAGACAUACCGAUAGUAGUUGACGCUCUACAACUACCAGCCACUAUUCAGUGUUCACAAAGAACAAUCUGCGAUGCAGAUGAAGCUCUGUGUAUGCUCCUAAGGCGUUUUUGCUAUCCUUGUCGAUAUUCUGAUCUGAUCGGCCGGUUUGGUAGACCUGUGCCAGAGCUGUGCAUGAUAACAAACACCUUGAUGGACUAUAUAUUUGACAAUCAUUGCCAUCGAAUUUCGCAAUGGAAUUAUGAUAUACUCAAUCCACUGAUGUUACAAGAAUAUGCUGAUGCAAUUUUUGCCAAGGGAGCCCCAUUAAGCAACUGUUUUGGCUUUGUAGACGGAACGGUGCGACCAAUAUCGCGUCCAGGCAAAAACCAAAGAAUUGUAUACAAUGGUCAUAAAAGAGUGCACUCUUUAAAGUUUCAGUCAGUGGCGCUGCCUAACGGCCUUAUCGGACACAUGUAUGGCCCAGUCGAGGGCAAAAGACAUGAUGCAUUUAUGCUGAUGGAAUCCAAUAUUUUGCAUGAAUUAGAAAACAAUGCAUUCUCCCCUACUGGUCAGGCGAUGUGUAUGUAUGGGGACCCUGCGUACCCAUUGAGGGUACACCUUCAAGCCCCUUUCCGUAAUGGAGUUUUGACUCCCAUGAUGGAAGAGUACAACUCAAGAAUGAGCUCAGUACUGUCGUCAGUAGAAUGGUUGUUUGGAGAAAUCAUCAACGACUUCAAAUUCUUGGACUUCAAAAAGAACCUCAAACUUAACCUUAGUUGUGUUGGAAAAAUGUACCUUGUUUGUGCAUUUCUUAAGAAUGUAAUAACCUGCUUGUAUGGAAACACUACUUCAGAGUUCUUUGGUCUUGACCCUCCCUCAAUAUACUACUACUUAAAUUAAAACACCCCAGUGGGAGAUUACAGCUAAGUUUUUUGGCAGCAAACAAAAAUACCUAUUACAUCAAGGUGAACUUUGCUGGACAAUAACUGUCCAAUUAUUGAUAGCCAGAUCUUUUUGUUCUUCAGCAGCAAAAAAAUUAAUAUCGAUACUUUAACUGAAAUCACCAACAGCCUAGAACCCAUCUGGCUACACCCAUAUGCUAUGAUUAGAAUAUUGGCCAUCUUUGGACAGUAGUUUGGGCUAGCUAAAUGUAGUCGUGUUUGAAAAUAGAUAGGUGCAGGCCAGGGGUGCACUAGGAGUGUUUAAAAAGCCUUUGAAGCUAAAUUGUUCUAAAGCUGGCUAUGCUAUUCUAUGCAACUUGGAUUAACAAAACAAUGUAUGAGGUAAUACCCUCUCGUGCAGCGCAGAUCCUUUCAAACCAAAAAUAUCUCUCAAAAUGUAAUAGCCUUUUCCAUUUAAAGAAAUAUUAAAUAAAAAAGAAUCAUGGA